AUGACCGACUACGAAUUCCAAGGCUGGCUCGGCGAGGACGAGAAAUCCGUCCAGGGCCACAUGAAAUGGGGCAAAUUCGAGCCCAAGAAAUGGGAAGAAGACGACGUCGACAUCGAAAUCUCACACUGCGGCAUCUGUGGUUCUGAUCUGCAUCAGCUCAGCUCCGGUUGGGGACCAACACCAUAUCCCUGUGUUGUAGGACACGAGAUCAUCGGGAGGGCAGUCAAGGUCGGCAAGAACGUCAAGCACGUCAAGGUUGGCGACCGCGUCGGUGUGGGUGCCCAGGCGCGGAGCUGUAUGCAAAGCUCCUGUGCCGAGUGCUCGAGCGGACAUGAGUCGCACUGCGGUGUGGCGCUUGUCAAUACAUAUGGCUCCGUGUAUCCGAAUGGCGAGGGCAAGUCAUACGGCGGAUACGCCGAUUACAACCGCACAAACGGACACUUCGUACUUCCUAUUCCAAAGGCCCUGAGCAGUGCUGAAGCCGCACCCAUGCUGUGCGGAGGCAUCACUGUCUUCUCACCACUGAAACAGAAUGGCUGUGGACCUGGCAAGACAGUAGGUAUCGUUGGUGUCGGAGGACUAGGACAUUUCGGUGUCCUUUUCGCAAAAGCACUUGGUGCAGACCGUGUGGUUGGUAUAUCAAGAAAGGGCGACAAGAGAGACGACGUGCUGAAGCUCGGCGCGGACGAAUACAUAGCGACGGGCGAAGAUAAAGGCUGGGAGAAGAAGCACAAGCGCACACUUGAUCUCAUUGUCUGCACGGUGUCCAGCGAGAAGAUGCCGUUGACACACUACCUCGGGCUGUUGAAGGUGAAGGGCACCUUCAUCCAGGUUGGUGCCCCUGACGGCGGUAAUCUUCCUCCGAUUAAUGCAUUCACUCUCAUUGGCAAUGGUAUCAAGGUUGGUGGUUCUGCGAUUGGAUCACCUGCCGAGAUUGCGGAAAUGCUGCAGCUUGCGGCGGACAAGAAGGUCCACCCAUGGAUACAGGAGCGCUCGUUGAAGGAUGCGAACCAAGCCAUUGUUGAUCUUGCAGAUGGCAAGGCUCGCUACCGAUAUGUGCUUGUCAAUGAGAAGAAUGCACAGAGGCAUGCUAACUUAUAA